GUGGCAUUAAAAAGUUAUACUGUAAAUAGAGAGAGAGAGAGAGAGAGAGAUGGGACGAGAGAGAGGGGGAGGGCGAAAGCCGUGUUGCGAGAAUGUUGGGCUGAAGAAGGGGCCGUGGACGCCGGCCGAAGAUGCGAAGCUCAUAGCUUACAUUCAGAAGCAUGGACACGAGAAUUGGCGUGCUCUCCCCAAACAAGCAGGUUUGCUUCGAUGUGGGAAGAGCUGCCGUUUAAGGUGGAUUAAUUACCUUCGACCCGAUAUAAAGCGAGGGAACUUCACAAAAGAGGAAGAGGAAACCAUCAUCAGGCUUCAUGGAUUGAUGGGGAACAAAUGGUCCAAAAUCGCCUCAUGCCUCCCCGGAAGGACCGAUAAUGAGAUCAAGAAUGUGUGGAAUACACACAUAAAGAAGAGACUAGCUCCAAAAGGAUCGAAAUCAUCGGAUCCUUCAACCAACAAAACUAAAGAUCCUCCAAGCUCACCCUCCAAUUCUAACAAUAUUUCAUGUGACAUUAAUGAUGGUAAUAUAAAGAUCGACGGGGAUCGCAAGCAACCAAAUUUUGAACCCUCCGAACCUUUAGAAGAAAAUAACUCAUUUGACAUGGAAUGUACUCAAUAUUCGGUGAACAUACUGAGUGAACUCUUCAUGGAGCUAGAUCAAUGCAUGCUAAUAGAAGGAAUUGACUACCCUUCAGCAGAUGACUGUAGAGACUCGUCAAGCAUCUCUUCAUUGGAAUCACCUAUAACAUCUUGUGAUUUCCAGGAGAAGUCAGUCCACCAACCACUGCACGGCGACCGAAAGAACAACCAAGAGUACUUAAACCAAGAACCCGAAAUCCCCAUCGAUGCGGAAAUUUGGAGCAUGGCAGAUGAUGAUUUCUGCUUCCUCAUCCCUGAGGUGGGUCCGGUGGUGGAAGGUGGAGCUCACAACAAUUCAAUAACCUCUGAAGGAGAUUCAACAAGAGAGGUUGAUGACAAGGGUUGGGUGGCCUACUUGGAGAAGGAGCUUGACCUGGGGGGAACAAUGGAUGUCAGUGCUGUUGAACAACUCGGUCCAUGGGAAUAUCAUGGUGGGGUUUUGGAGGAUUUUGAUCCGGUCUCCUGUUAUUUUCAGAAGAGACACUGUCCGCCUUCUACCACGGAUCUUGUCUCUCAGGUCGGUCAGUAGAAUGGCGCGAGUGGUUGAAACAAGCUGCAAGGUCAUGCAACUACUGUUAGGUCUUUGGACCACUCCUUAACUUUGCACAAGUCUACGGUGCUGGCACCCCAUUAGAAUGACUCAUAUUAACCUUAACCAUGUAUAUUUUCUCACAGCGUUGUUGUCAUCUGGGCAUCAUCAUUGCAUCAUCAUGAUAUUAUAUUAUCAUCGGGCAUGGAUCCUCUGCAGCGCAAAGUGCUAUGUAGCACCUGAUAGCCGCCGUUAACAGAUAGACGGCUAUCAAACUAUACAGUACUCUAUGAUACAAACAAUAUAUCACAAAUGAAGAAAUAUCUUAGGUUAUUA